AUGAAGACCAGGACCUGGAGGGACCAGGACCUGCACCAAGACCAGGACCUGGGCAGACCAGGACCUGGGCAGACCUGCACCUGGAGAGAACAGGACCUGGAGAGACCUGCACCAUGCUCCCUGGUACGAUACCUGCUGACGACUCCCUGUGCCGUGUUAACCGUGGGCAACGAAACCGCUGUAACCGUGGGCAACGACACCGCGGUAACGGGGCUGUGUUCGCAUGACGACGACGCCUUCAAGUACCGCGCUUACGUCGCCACCUACCUGCUGGUGUUUCCUGUGGCCUUCCUAUGCAACAUCGGGGCGCUGGUGGUCUUUUUCCGGCAGCGCAGCCGCAGGAACUCUGCGUCCUGCGUGGUCAUGAUGAACCUGGCCAUCUCCGACAGCAGCUUCUCCCUCACCCUGCCGCUGCGCCUGGCCUACUACCUCGGGGGGGGCAGGUGGUACUUCUCCGAUUGGCUGUGCCGGCUCUGCGUCUACGGCUUCUACGUCAACCUGUACUCCAGCAUCCUCCUCCUCACGCUGCUCAGCCUCCUCCGCUGGCUGGCCGUGGCCCGGCCGCUCCGCCAUCGCUCCCUGGCUACGCCCACCCGCACCCUAUUGGUCUGCCUGGGGGUCUGGCUGUUUGUGGGCGUGGCCUCGGUCCCCUUCCUGAGCAACGGGGUCAGAAACAGGCAGGGGUUCCCGCGCUGCUUCGAGCCGUCCAGCCCGUCCUCCUGGUCCCGGAUCCUCAUCCUGAACUACGUGGGUCUGAUCUUCGGCUUCCUGCUGCCCUUCGUCACCAUCAUCUGCUGCUACAGCGGGAUCGUCCGGCGGCUGAGGUCCCGCCCCGGUGGCCCCCCCGGGGGCCCCUCCGGUGGCCCCUCCACCCGGGACCGGGCCCGGAACACCCAACGCUCGGUGCGCCUGGUCGCCAUGGUGACGGCCACCUUCCUGCUCUGCUUCCUGCCCUACCACCUGCUGCGGACGCUGCACCUGCACGCCGUGUGCGGCGGCUGGAGCUGCGGCGUCACGCUGCGGCUGCGGCGCGGCGUGGCCGUGACGCUGUGCCUGGCGGCGGCCAACAGCGUGGCCGACCCGCUGCUGUACUACUACAGCACCCGCACCUUCAGGGGCCGCCUGCGGGAGGCCCGGGCCUCGCUGCUGGGCUCCUCCAGGAGGUCUGGCCGGGCCCCCAGCCGGAGGAACGACCUCCCCGCCCCGGCCGGUCCAGGCCGGGACCCCCGGCCGGAGGAACGACCCCCCACCGGGUCGGCCCGGUUCUUCUGCAAACCUCCGUCAGUGACUGUGUUUCCAUGCAUCAAUAACCCUUUCACUAGUGUUCCUACUUCUCAUGAACCAGUUCAAAGUUCACUUCACAUAGUUUAAGUAAGGAGUCCAUAUAUUUAUCUUAAUGUACACCUCGAAGCGCUCAUAUACGACGGAGUGUUAGGGCCAAACUAAGACAAAAAAAAAUUUGAAAUUACAAGAAUAAAGUCGUAAAAUGACGUGAAUAAAGUCAUAAUGUUGCAAAAAUAAAGUCGUAAUAGAAUAAAGUCGUAGUGUUACGAGAAUAAAGUCGUAACUUUACGAGAAUAAAGUCAUAAUAUAAUGAGAAUAAAGUCGUAAAAUGACGUGAAUAAAGUCAUAAUGUUGCAAAAAUAAAGUCGUAAUAGAAUA